GUUAAAAAAUACAAUUUAGCAAGGUGGACGCCACUUCUCCCCCUCCGCCAUCACUGCCACCAUCGGUAGAUUCCUCCUCUCUUAGGCAGCAAAGUUCUAUGCGUACUCUUCUCCAGUGAAAUCGAAGUUCAUUUGUGAAAAUCUCCCGGGACAGAGGUGGGCUAUAAUUUCGCAUAGCCGCCUGCCGAUAUUCAUGUAUUACAGUUAGUGAAGGUAUGAAUUCAUUGAUCAUUUCCAUCUUCUUCUGUUUUAGUCAGCCUUUUAACAAAUAUUUGCUUAUAGUGUUUAGGAGAUUCCGUUGUGUUUAUGGUUUUUACAGUACGUAUUAGUUCAAUACUUUAAACAAAAGUGUUGACUGAUCCCCAUGUGGAUCUAUGGGUGGAUAAACUAGGGGUCCUAAUUAACAAAUUUGAUCCUAAACCUUUGGACUGUUACUUUUUUCAAUCUCUACCAAUUUUAUCAUCCUGUUUAUUCAUAAAGAUUAAGCAUUUUAUUCUGUAUCAAACAUUUGAAAACUGUGACAUUUCCCCACGUAUUCUAGAACAAGUUCUGAUUUACUCAUUUAAAUUUGUUUGUUCUUCUUAAUUAUGAUAUAAUAGUGGUUUUAAGAGAGAACUUCUAAUAAGCUAGGAGUAUUAAUUUAGCAGAGGGUUGAGGUGCAAAAUGUAUGUUCUCUCAAAUUGUUAGCUUCUUUCUCUUAGAAAACUGUAAUGAUGUAAAGGUUUAGCUUGAUUGUUUUUUUUUUUGAAAUGUGUUUCCAAUAGGGUUCAACCCCUUGCCACCAAGGAGGAAAGUUCCACCUUUUGCCAAUGGCACCUUAGCAUCAUUUUAAGUUUAGCUUUAUUAUUUUUUUGUUGAAUAUGCUUUCUUUGAUCAUGUUCUUUUGAAAAUCAUCCAACAAUUGCCAUUGAAUAUGUUUUUUCUUGAAAACUAGUUAUCAAAGGAGGAUAUGUUUUUCUUGAAAAGUGAAAACCAUCUAGGAGUUUACUUGUAUUUCUGUUCACUAAUCACUUUUAUGUUUUUGAGUUUCUUAGCUUAUUUCAUAUGUAAACUAACAAAAUUUCUCCACUGAUGCAGUGAACUCGCAUGUAUGAUUUCAUUAAUUAAGUGGUACAAUAUUACUUCUCUAAGAAUAUUAACUAAUUAGAUGAUUGAACUCUUUCUUUAUGUUUGAGUGCUUUCCACCAAUUUGGAUUACAGGUCCAUUUUUUUAAUCUUGAAAAUGUUUUUACCUUUGCUGAUGGGACAUGUGGUGUUUACAAUGCUUGAAAAUUUUAGUAUGCAGUAGAAAUUAUGUACUUAAUAUUCUUGGCGAUGAACCUGCAACUUUUGUCAAAUUCCAAUUUGAAAUCAAGAAGCUAGGUGGUCAAUGGAAUCGUGAGCAGCAGAGGAAGUAACUGAGAUCAGCAUCAGAGUUGUUCUUCAUUUCUUGAUUUGUUCUCGAAGUAAGAAUGAGGAUAGUGGGAUUGACUGGAGGAAUUGCUUCAGGGAAGAGCACUGUCUCCAAUCUUUUCAAAGCUCAUGGUAUUCCUGUUGUUGAUGCUGAUAUUGUAGCUCGUAACGUUUUGAAGAAAGGAACUGGUGGUUGGAAAAAAGUUGUGUCUGCAUUUGGUGAGGACAUCUUACUGGACAAUGGAGAAGUUGAUCGUGCAAAGUUAGGUCAAAUAGUAUUCUCUGAUCCAGGAAAGCGUCAGCUUCUUAAUAGGUUGCUAGCACCAUUUAUCUCACGUGGCAUUUUAAUGGAAGUUUUGAAGCUAUGGAUGAAGGGUUACUCCAUUAUUGUUCUUGAUGUUCCUCUUUUGUUUGAGGCCAAGAUGGAUAAGUGGACUAAACCCAUUGUUGUCGUUUGGGUUGAUCCUGAGACGCAACUGCAGCGGCUCAUGACGAGAGAUGGAUCGAUGGAGGAGGAGGCCAAGAGCAGGAUAAAUGCACAGAUAUCACUGGAUCUUAAGAGAUCAAAGGCAGAUAUUGUGAUUGAUAACACUGGCACACUUGAGGCUUUGCAUGAAGAAUUCCAGAAAGUGUUAAUUCAGAUUACAAAGCCCUUGACUUGGACCGAGUUGAUGCUCUCAAGAAAGGGAGCUUUUUUGGCGUUGUUCUCCAUUUUUGUCGGUGUUGCUAUUUGCCAGAAAAGUUCAUGAAGGUAAUAUCUCACAUAAUUUGAUCCAACACUAUGCAUGCAUCUCUGGAUGGCAGAAGAGUUACUCCUUAAUCGAGUACUACUGUGUAUGUACUGUUUAUUUUUUUAAAAACUGUAUGUACUUCCAACAUGAGUGUUUGUGCUUUAUUAGAUACUCGUUCAAGAUGUUAAAGUGAAGUACGAUAAUUUGAUUAUACAUUUGGACUGAUUCAUUAAAAGCAGGGAUUAUGAUACAUUUUGGAAUUUCUUUGGAGCA